GUUAGUAGAAUUCACUUCUAGAACGAACUCAUUAAGCUGUUUUCAUUCUACCGGUGCAGACAGACGUUGCCUCGGCUACUGGGUUUCCUUAUAUCGAAGUUUCAUUUUUUCCCGUUAUCUCGAACUUUGAAAUUUUUACCAAAGUAAUUUUUUUUUUAAUUUUGUGGAAUAUUUUUUUGUCAAAAAGAAAAUCAUCUAUCAUUGAACACGCAGUAAAAGACUUAAAAUGCUGGCCAGCGAGCCGCAUUCGAACCGGAUUCAUGCCGGCGGUGGUGGAAUUUCAGUGCGGGUAAAUGGAACUACCGUUGAUCCGUCUACGACUUCGGCAGCAGAUGAAUCAGUUGAACGACUUAGCGGUAACAAAGAUAAGACAGAAACUUCUUCCGAAUGGGCUAAGGCUACUAUUACUUGGCGCAGCGGUGCGCAACGCUUCUCUGAUGAUACUCACAAUCUUACUCAGCCCAACAGUACUUCCUCAUCUUUGGAUAUCAACAAUGAUAUUGAUGUCGCUCCUCAGUUGGUACACGUGAUUCGUGUUAAAUCUUCUACAGAAACUUCAUUAAUAAAAGAUAUGGAUAACAACGUGGCAUCCCAACCAAAAGUCCUUAUCAAUUCAAACGGGAGUUUUAAUAAUAAGAGUCUGGAUUAUACCAAUGAUAAGAUAUCAGUGAUGGUUGGGUCUUCUAUGAUCAUCAAAGCUGAAGAUGAGAGAAGUAGUAGCGGUGCAUCAAGUGCUCCUGGAAGUGAUUGUGAAAGAUCGGAUUCAGAUCGGGAAGCUGAUGAUGGAACUGAUUCUGGAUUCUCUUCCUCAAGAAAUACACACCAUGCACGUGUAGUGAGUGUUAAUGGACACUCUCAAUUCUCUUCUAUGUCUGAAACAACCAACACAGAGCUUUACAACAAUGAAGUAGCAAAAAACAGUGUUAUGUGUAACGGUAAAAGCAAUGUAAAACUAACCAUUGCUUCAUAUUCGGAUAAAGAUACCGAUGAUAAAAACAAAGUGCUCAAUGGUAAUGCUUGGGAUAUGCAAUUUCAUAUGCAUGAACUAGACAGUUCUUCAUCCACGGAUAAAAAGUCAGAUUCUGAAGACAUUCAAACAAGAAUCAAUGCUGCCCACGCAUUACUGCAGGGAAAAUGCAACGGAACUUUUACUUUGAAGAAUAGGGUUCGAACCAGCAUAAAUUCUUUAUUGGUCCAGUCAGCAUCAAAUAGAAAUUAUGACCAAGAAGAAAUUGGCCGUAUAGUCUUUUAUACUACAUCAAUGGGCAUUGUUCGAACUACCUUUGAAAGAUGUCGUAAAGUGAGAAAAAUUUUAGAGACUUUGAUGGUAAAAUUUGAAGAAAGAGAUGUUUUUAUGAAUCGUGGGUUUCAACAAGAAGUUAGAGAAAGAUUAGGAAUUUCACGAGUACUUCUUCCACAAAUAUUUAUUGAAGGAAGACACUUAGGGACUGCUGAAGUAAUUGAGCAAUUGAAUGAAAUAGGACAUUUAAGAGAGCUUUUACGGCCAUAUAAAAAGCAAUCUGUAGGUGGUGUGUGCCAACAAUGCGGUGGAUACCGUUAUCUAUUAUGUCCCAUAUGUGGAGGAAGUAAAAAGUCCGUUACUCACAGACAUCAUUUUUCAGAAGACCUUGUCGCUCUACGAUGUGUCACGUGUGAUGAAAGUGGAUUAAUUCGUUGUCAACUAUGCAUUACAGGAGAAGUUUGAUAGUUCCUCAGUAAAACAACUUAAUCUCACUUGAAAACUGAACCAAAUGAAGGAGAAGAAACUUUGAAAAUAUUUAAACUAUAUUAAGUGCUAUUCAUAAAACUAAUUACGCUCAAUUAAUGCCAGUUUCUUUUUAUAAAACGAAACUACGUUUGAAUAUUGAGUGAACUUUGUACAUUACCUCAUUCUAUGAAAUUAUUUGCUGUUUGAAUGAUUUAAUAAUAGAUAUUUUAAUGUCCUAACUCUGUGAGAUUGGGAUAUUAAAGAAAACAAAUUAAUGGAAAACUUCGACCCUUUGUAAAAUUGAUAUUUUUUUUAUGAAGUAAACAAUUACAAAUGUUACUUGGUUAAAUAUAAGAUCAAUUACUCACAUUAGAUAGUUCUUUAAAAAUAAUACUGAAUUGUUAAUAUAGAUUUUUGAUUUGAAGACUAAAAGUAGUAAAUAAUGUAAGUGCCAAAAUAUGUAAACUAAGUUUUUCACACUGAAUUGUGCUUGUGCAUCUAAAAAUGAUGCUCAAGAAUCUUAUCACGCCUCAAUAAAAAAGAGGUAACUGAAGUGCCUGAAAACUACAUGUAAUCCGAAAACAUGUAAUAAAAAGGAGGUAACUAAAGUGCCUGAAAACUACAUGUAAUCCAAAAACAUGUAAUAAAAAGGAGGCAACUAAAGUGCCUGAAAACUACAUAUAAUCCAAAAAACUUCAUGCAACUUGAACUUUUAAACUACAUUUCACUUAAAAAGUUGCAUGUUUCUCAAUGUUACACGCACAGACAGGGGCGGGAUGCUUUGGUAAAAAAUGAAAUUGCCAAGAAAAGAGAUAAUCUUCUUGAAAAAAGCUAAGUUGCGUUUAUGUUCAGGGUAGCAAUUGAAUAUUAUUUCAGACCACAAAAAGUGGUCUAUUGACUGAAAACAACAAUAUAAAAAAUAGUAAUGUUUAUACAAAGUGAAUAUUUCUUUCUGUUACCAACAAUUACUUUAGCCUGAGAUUUAAACAUUAGUGUGAUAAGAAGAAUUAUCUUGUUUCUGCAAUAUGAAACACUUAUGCAAGAAAAAAAAGACAAUCUUCUUUUAUACAAAUGGACGAAGUAUUUAAAAAUCUUGUGUAAACAGCCUUUUUUAAAUCUUUUUUUAGCAAUUUCCAGCCAUUUUCGGGUUUAGCAAUUACUACUUUUAGUCCAAACAAAUAGCCUCAUAUUAACUAGCAUUUCAAAUUAAAACCUGAGUGUAACUUAAGUAAAAUGUUACAUUGACAUCUUCAUAGUGGUUUUACCGCGUAAGUGAAAAAAAAAUAGAAAUUUCGUUUUCACAAGGUAGAAAUAAUUGUAUAAUUUUGAAGAAAAAAAACCAUCAGCGUUUCGCUCCAAUCCAACGAGUAAAAUGAUUUAAGUCAGUCAUUAAUUCAGAUUUAGUAAAUUUAUUUCAAAAUCCCUUUAAGGAUUUCGAAACACCUUUAUAGCUUUUGUGUACAAUAAUCUAUUCAUAGAGUUUUUGUUUGCUUACGAGCCGUGACUUUUUAAUAUUCAAGUCAGAUUUAGACUUGAAAAAGAAAUGACAAAAGAAGAUUAGUUUCUUCAAUCUCAACUUAACAGGAAUAAGGAUAAAAAGAAAAAGCCAGUCUAGGUUUUUUCUCAUUUAAUACUUUGUUUGCAAUGUAAUCACAAGAAUUAACAGCUUUUGUAACAGUUCCAAAAAUAUUGUGAUUUUUGUAUAUAAUUUUAAUUAAAAAAACGUUAUUAAGCAUUUGCUUAAUAACUGAGGUGUUAAGUUUAAAAACAAACUCAAUUCAAUUUUUUAAUUCAAAAUUAAAUGUUUUUAUUUUAUUUAUUUAUUUUUAUUUUGCAAUUCACUUGCAUAAUUUUCAAUCUUUUUUGAAUAAUUAAGAUCAUAUCCUAUUUCUUAUUUUUAAUUAAAUUCUAUGACUAUUGAUUAGAAGAAAAAAAGUAAAAUAUUGAUGUUACAAGUGCAAUACUUGAACAAAAAAAUUAUAUUCGUAAUUUCUUCGAUGUUACAAAUGUAAGUUACAUAUUACAAAAAUCAAAAUUAAAUUAUUAUUGUAGAAAAAUAGAGUGAUGAUAAAUUGAUAAUUUACUAUUGUAGUUUUGUUUCUUGUUUGUGAAUUAUUGUAUUUAUAAAAAUACAGCUAUAAUUUCGUUUAUUGAUCAGAAAAACCACAUCAUGUAUCUUUCACUUUGUAAUUAGUGUAAAUAGAUUCUGUUCAUUUUCACUUCUAGCGUUAUUACAAUCUUUGGUUUUUAAAAUUAUAAAAAACUAAUUUAAUGAAUAUUGUUGUGUUUCUAAAGAUUAGUGAUUUGUUUUUCCAAAAAAAUACAUAGCAGAUUUUGCUAUGAAAUUUAUAGUUUAAAGAAUAUGUCAAGACUUAUAUCAUUCAAUGGUUAAUAUUUAUGAUGUAAUUUUCGUCAUAUUAGAUGCUUCAAUAAAAUUUUUGUUUGAAAA